GGAAAAUGGCGGCCGCUGGAGCCGCCGACAGAGGAGCUCAGGGGUCUGUACCUUUCCCUGCCGGGCCGCCGGACGUUGGAGCCUCCGCCGAGUUGCAGACAACGCCCCCGUUCGGAUGGAGAUGGCGAGUUCUGCUGGCUCCUGGCUCUCUGGCUGCCUCAUCCCUCUCGUCUUCCUCGGGCUGCCUGCACACGUGUCAGGCCUCGCCGGGGAUGCCAGCAAGUUCCACGUGGCUCCGCUAGGGGGCACAGCCGAGCUGCUCUGCCCUCUCUCCCUCUGGCCCGGGACGGUGCCCAAGGAGGUGAGGUGGCUGCGGUCCCCGUACCCGCAGCGCUCCCAGGCUGUUCACGUGUUCCGGGAUGGGAAGGACCGGGAUGAAGAUUUGAUGCCGGAAUAUAUGGGGAGGACGGCGCUGGUCAGAGACCCCCAAGAGGGAAGCGUCACUCUGCAGAUCCUCGACGUGCGCCUUGAGGACGGAGGGUCUUACCGAUGUCUGAUCCAGGUUGGAAAUCUGAGUAAAGAGGACACCGUGAUCCUGCAGGUUGCAGCCCCAUCUGUGGGGAGUGUCUCCCCCUCAGCAAUGGCUCUGGCUGUGAUCCUGCCUGUCCUGGUACUUCUCAUCAUGGUGUGCCUUUGCCUUAUCUGGAAGCAAAGAAGAGCAAAAGAGAAGCUUCUCUAUGAGCAUGUGACGGAGGUGGACAAUCUUCUUUCAGACCAUGCUAAAGAAAAAGGAAAACUCCAUAAAGCUCUCAAGAAACUCCGGCGUGAACUGAAGCUGAAAAGAGCUGCAGCAAACUCAGGCUGGAGAAGAGCCCGGCUGCAUUUUGUGGCAGUGACCCUGGACCCAGACACAGCACAUCCCAAACUCAUCCUUUCUGAGGACCAAAGAUGUGUGAGGCUUGGAGACAGCAGGCAGUCUGUACCUGACAACCCCCAGAGGUUUGAUUUCGUCGUCAGCAUCCUGGGCUCUGAGUACUUCACGUCUGGCUGCCACUACUGGGAGGUGUAUGUGGGAGACAAGACCAAAUGGAUUCUGGGGGUGUGUAGUGAGUCAGUGAGCAGGAAGGGGAAGGUUACUGCCUCACCUGCCAAUGGACACUGGCUUCUGCGACAGAGUCGUGGGAAUGAGUAUGAAGCUCUCACAUCCCCGCAGACCUCCUUCCGCCUUAAAGAGCCUCCACGAUGUGUGGGGAUUUUCCUGGACUAUGAUGCAGGAGUCAUCUCUUUCUACAAUGUGACCGACAAGUCUCACAUCUUUACUUUCACCCACAGUUUCUCUGGCCCCCUUCGCCCUUUCUUUGAACCUUGCCUUCAUGAUGGAGGAAAAAACACUGCACCUCUAGUCAUUUGUUCAGAACUACACAAAUCAGAGGAACGAAUCGUCCCCAAGCCAGAAGGGAAAGGCUAUGCUAACGGAGAUAUGUCCCUGAAGGUGAACUCUUCCUUACUACCCCGUAAAGCUCCAGAGCUGAAGGAUAUUAUCCUGUCCUUGCCCUCUGACCUCGGCCCAGCCCUGCAGGGGCUCAAGGUUCCUUCCUUUUAGGGAUAUGUCAUAUUACCUGCUCCCAUAACCAUCCAGCCCAGCACCCUGGACUUCAGGCUCCUGGUCCAACCCCAUGAUUCUGGAAUGUCUCUUCUCCCUAACCAAAUCCAGAUCCUUUUGUGGUUUCUAUUUGUACCACUUUUCUCCCAGGACUCAGUUCUGAAGCUUGCCUUUCUUCUAAGGAACUGAAGUUCUCAGUGACGUGGAGGGAGGAUUCCUGGAAAUGAAACAAUCAGUUUAGGUGUAGGUGGAGAUGUUGAAUAUGUGUUGUUACCAAGAUACAGCACAGGUUCAGCGGAAAGAGUCUUCUACUCCAGGGGUUAUUUAGAAGACAUUUUCUCUGCCUCAUCCUGUCCUCAAGCUUUAGUCAAGAAGUUAUGGCUCCCAGUCCCUGACUGCUUCCUUAUCCCAUCAAGGACUGCUUUUCUCUCCUUCCCUCUCUCAGUUCUGGCCUCUGGCCCCCAAAGUCAGCUUUCUAUAGGUAAGCAUGUUUUAGUCCACUCACUCUUUCCCUCUUCCUUCAGGAAUGAGUUGGGGGAAGCUGAGGAGUAAAAUAUACCAUCCUUUUCUAUUUUCUUGAUGCUGUUUACAACAUAGUUUGGUGAUACCCAGAGCUAAUGCACAUGCUUUCAAAAACUAAUCUGCCUGUUGAUGAUAACUAGAACAGGGACUUUAAACACAGCCUUGCUAUAACCCUGAAGAGCCUCAGGAGCACAUCAGGGAGCUGGGAGCACAGCUGCAGAGAGCUCAGCCGUGUAUUGCCCUCUGACCUUGGCCCAGCCCUUCAGAGGCUCAGUCUGUUGUGACUGUCUUAUGAGUCAAUCUGUUGUGCCAGCCCUUUCCGAGAUUCAGAGAGGUCCAGCUAGAAAAAGUGGCAGUUUUAACCACCAACUUAGAAACUUUUUUUCCCCACAAGACAAUUGUGCUGGAAUACUUCACUAUUUGUGUAUCAAACAGCCUUUUAGGUUGGAGAGUAUUGAUUUCAAAUAAGAAGUUGGUAGACUAGGCCGGGCGCAGUGGCUCAUGCCUGUAAUCCCAGCACUUUGG